GGGUCAGAGCCAUGGCGGUGGCAAAUUCAAGCCCUGUCAACCCCGUGGUGUUCUUUGAUGUCAGCAUUGGCGGCCAGGAAGUUGGCCGCAUGAAGAUCGAGCUCUUUGCAGACGUUGUGCCUAAGUCGGCUGAGAACUUUAGGCAGUUCUGCACUGGAGAAUUCAGAAAAGAUGGGGUUCCGAUUGGAUACAAAGGGAGCACUUUCCACAGGGUCAUAAAGGAUUUCAUGAUUCAGGGUGGAGAUUUUGUUAACGGAGAUGGUACUGGAGUCGCCAGUAUUUACCGGGGGCCAUUUGCAGAUGAAAAUUUUAAACUUAGACACUCAGCUCCAGGCCUGCUUUCCAUGGCAAACAGCGGUCCCAGUACAAAUGGCUGCCAGUUCUUCAUCACCUGCUCUAAGUGUGACUGGCUGGAUGGAAAGCACGUAGUGUUUGGAAAAAUCAUUGAUGGACUUCUAGUGAUGAGAAAGAUUGAGAAUGUUCCCACAGGCCCCAACAAUAAGCCCAAGCUGCCUGUGGUGAUCUCACAGUGUGGGGAGAUGUAGUCCUUAGCAAGCCUGAAUACGACCUCCACAUCUCUGCCAUUGUGGGCAUGCCCUUGCUCAGGGUGAUGCUCUUGAGUAAGAUAACCUGGAUUGGGCCCUGUGUUUGCUUCCCUGCCAGCUGUUGCCCUGUUUGAUCAAGAGACCUUGGAAGUAUCACAGAUUCAGAACCCAAGAUUUUCCAUGUUUUUCAACUGUAAAUAAAGUGUUUUGGUUUUGGGG